UAUACUUGUAUUUACUCGUAUCGUUUCAUUCCUAAUUAGAAGAAAUAGAAGUGAGUGAAAAGAAUUUAGCAAAUAAAAAAAAAGAGCGAGUAGUGAAAAGAAUUUAAUCUGUGUUUUUAACAAAUAAAAAGGGAGAUAAAAUAAUCGGUGGCGGAAUUGAUUCUGAAAACUUUUGUGAAUAUAUACUCUGUCAGACAUAAAACAAACCAUUCUUAAGUGGGUUUGGAUGAUAAUUGUUUUUGAAUCAAUUAACAGAGUAAUAAAAUUGCAGUUAAGAACGCCCGUCAAUUGCAUCUUUGUUCGGGUAAUAAGGUUCUUUGUAGAGAAAUAGAAAACAUUCCAUUCUUGCUGAACGUUAACAUUUACUUAUUGCCUUUGCUGCAGCAGAAUUUUUUGCAUUUACAUUGCAACCAAUUGUGCAGAAACGAACCAAUCCUCCAAGAUAUUCUUUUCAUUAAAGUAUCGUUGAAAGUGAGGUGAAUAAAGCAUAACACUAUAAUUCUGUUGCGGACCGCUCAGAGUGAUAUAGUUAUGACAACAAUAAAUAUAAAUUCACGAAAAAGUCCAAUGCUGAAAAAGCAGGGCACAGACCAGUGGGUGAAGCUUAAUGUGGGUGGCACAUACUUCCUAACAACAAAGACCACGCUCUCCCGUGACCCAAAUUCGUUUCUGUCACGUCUUAUACAAGAGGAUUGUGAUUUAAUAUCUGAUCGGGACGAAACAGGCGCCUACCUGAUUGAUAGAGACCCAAAAUAUUUUGCGCCAGUGCUGAACUAUUUGCGGCAUGGGAAAUUGGUUUUAGAUGGCGUUUCCGAGGAAGGAGUUCUAGAAGAAGCUGAAUUCUACAAUGUGACACAGCUGAUAACACUACUGAAGGAAUGUAUAAAUCAUAGAGAUCAGCGACCACAUGCUGAUAAAAAACGUGUAUAUCGUGUGUUGCAGUGUCGAGAACAGGAAUUAACACAAAUGAUCUCAACUUUAUCAGAUGGUUGGCGUUUUGAACAAUUAAUUAGCGUUGGCAUGCAGUAUACAAAUUAUGGACCAUUCGAAAAUAACGAAUUCUUAUGCGUAGUAUCAAAAGAAUGCGGUUCAUCGUCGGGCCGUGAACUGGAAUUAAACGAUCGCGCUAAGGUGCUACAGCAGAAAGGCUCUCGAAUUCUCGGAAUUUAAAGUAGAAAGCGAGCGAAAUGUUACACCACCACCAACAUCUAUCUCCCCACACCCUAGUAGCUAUCGUCAACGAACUUAGUAGUGUCCCUACCACAAAGCUUAUAACCACAAACAGCACGCUACCAUCUUAACCACUAACUAGCCGCACCAGCUAUCACAGUUACUAACACCCAAGUUCCCAAACUCAAGUUUAAGCCCCGGCCCAAUUCACCAAACCAUCACAAACCUAAAUUUACCGAAUACUUUCAGCUAUGGACACGCAACGUCACUAUUGAUUGUACUGAAUCGAUUAGAUGAAUUCAAAAUACAUACAUAUGCAUAACAAAAAGAAAUUAU